AUGCUUCGCUUUUUCUUCUCCAGGGUAGGUUUUCGGGAAUACCGGAUCUACCCCGAAGCGCAAAGUCCUAAUAAAUAUGCAAACAGUACAGAAGUAAGAAUUUAUCAAAUAUAGAGCUCCAGACAUGCAAUCUAUAAUUGAAUUAUGCAUUUUCUUGGGGUGGAUGUAGAAAUGGGGUGAAUCUGACAAAAAAAAAAACAGUUCCCAUUGUCUAUUUCCAUUUAAUCUGGCCUAUGCUUGCCAUCUAAAUUGUUCUAUUGAAGUUGUCUUCCAGGAAAUUAAUUCUCACUUGUUUUAUUAUUAUUGUUAUUUCAGAUGAAGCUGUUUCUUGUACUUUCCGUCGUCUUUUUGGUUUCUGCUGAUGCGAGACCUCGAGGUGGUUCAUGGCUUGGAAGAAUGACGUACCACUUCAAGGGUUUACUAUCCACAGCUAAAGAAAUGGCGUGUGAAAGUGAAUGGCUUCCUUUGAAGAAUUUUCUUUCAUGCGAUUCCUCCGGUCCUUAUUCCUUCUGUAACGGUCAUGACUGCCCUGAAUUCGAUGAAAAGAAACUUAACGUCUCUGGCAAAAUAGUUGAAGAUUACACUUUGCGCUGUUAUUACAAACCCUACAAAUGGGUGUCAACAAGUUACAAUGGUAAUUAUGAUAAAGAACUGUUAAUAGUUAUAAUAGAACUUAAGUAGAAGAUAUGAAUUAAAGAAGGCUCAUCUACCUACACGCUGACGAAGCUAUCCGUGGCAAACGUAUUUGCAAAAACAAAAGGUUUCUUGUAGCAGGCUGGAGCUGUCGGUAGUUUAUAGGUUCAGAACUUUGCAGGGCCUUAGGUAACAUAAAAAAGGACCAUAACGGGUAAACAGAUAGGAACCCAUUUAGACUGCAAAACAGUCCGUAUUUUUGCAUGUUCAAGUACGCGCAAGCAGUCAAAUAAAAAGAGGUCUGGAACUAGGCUGAAAACAGAGAUCGACACUGGGGAGAGUGAGUAAGUUUUCUUUUCUCUCCCCUACGGGCGUGUGAGGCUCGCGCGCACGCCACGCUCUACCGAUUUCUUUACUUAUUUUGAGAAAAAAAAAGCGACUCUUUUGCAGUCUAGAACCCAUUUAAAGCUAAUUUACAUGACAAUGAGCUCCUCGAAGGCCACACCCUAUCAAUCGGCAUGCACCUCAGUAUAGCGUUGAUUGGGGUAGAGGUGGGGGAGCUUUUCAUUCCCCUUCAUCCCUUCUCCAGGGAUUCACGAUAAAACUAUGACAUUUGGCCUGACAUUUUGUAAAUAUGUUUCUCGAUUCAUACAGAAAGGAGAACCGACAAAUCGGAAGCUUUCAUGCGUCUCUUCAGAUAUAUCUCUGGUAGCAACAAGGAGGCGAUGAAGAUCAAAAUGACAGUUCCAGUAACAAUGCAAAUGCAACCCGACGAAGCUUCCGACUCCUUCUGCAAAGAAAACUACACCAUGAGCUUCUUCAUCCCGUUCAAGCAUCAGACAGACGCUCCUGCAGCAACCGAAGAAAACGUCCGUUUGGAAGAAGUCGAGCCAUUUUGUGCCUACGUGAAAGUCUAUGGCGGCUGGUCCAACAAAUGGAAGGUAGAACGCAACUACAAAGCUCUUGUGGCAGCCCUUAAAAGAGAUGGAUUUGGCGAUGAUUUCCGCACUGAUGUCAUUUAUUCAGCUGGGUACGACGAUCCAAUGACAAAGUAUAAUCGUCAUAAUGAGGUCUGGCUCGUUAGUAAAAAUCAAAGCCCUGUUAGAAACAGGCUGUAAAGACUAUUUAUGCCCAAAGAUUUUAAUGUCUUAACUGUUUUGGCUUUGAUCUUUGUGCACAUUUAUUCUUCGCUUUCAGUUUUGUUUUAUUCGAAAAAAAGACUUGUUAUUUUGGUAUUUUUGAAAAACGAGAAAGUCUUAGCGAGAAAAACAUUUCAUUUUUGCUCGUUUAUGCUACAGCUUGUAGCAGUUGAUCUUUUGUACAUUUGUAAUUAUCAGUACCUUAACAGACGCAAUUAAAGUGCAUACACUAAUAUCUCUAUUGAAUUCCUUGUAAUUCUGACUUAGAAAGGCUUUUAAAAUUAUUAUUUGUGGGAAAGUUAAGUCAUUGGCGGUGUCAAGGAAACUUAUUACAAGUCCUCGAGUCAAGAGAAGAGACUAUAGUUUACGGUCGAACUGAAUUAAAUGGUGCGCAUUAUUUCCUUCUAUCAAUUUUUUAGUACCGUAACGUGGUCAAAUGGGGUGCAUUAGGUGGUCAAAUGGGGUGCAUUAGGAAGAUAAAACAACGACACGGGUUAGAUGGAUUGAUGCGGGAAAUCUCGGAGUGUGGAAAACAAUGCCGGAGUGAAUCAAUGCGCGCAGAAUUGCGAUUGUUAAGGCAACCGUUCUUCUUUUUACUCUUUUACUUCUUUCCCAUCACCCUCCACAUUUUCCGCACUCGGCAUUUAAAAGCGCACUCCUCAAACGGAAAACAAAACGUCACUUCAAAAGUAAAGUGGCGCUGUUUCAAACUUCAUCGCCAUAGUGUUCAAUUUUCGGAGUUUCAUUUAGGCGAAUUCUCCCGAGUUUAGAAAAAGGCAAAGAAUCAAAGACGUCUUUUGCUUACGCUUCCAUUAAAAGCAAAAUUAGGAAAUUUCAGGUCGUACUAGAAAGGCACCGCAAAACGCAUUACAGAAUGUUUGCUGCCAUGCGACCUUCACACUAGCGCAGCUGUCGUCGUUAUUGCAUGAUCUUCCCAGUUGGCUCGGAAAACGCGAAAGAGGGUUAUAGGCUCAGAACAAGUAUUGGCUGGCCAGCGCCGCGCGGAACAGGCGUUUUUUCUGGAAUUGAAAUACAAGUGUCCGUUUAAUACAGGUUGGAAACAAUAGAAAUGACCAUUUCAGGUACUUUUUAGGUGUCCGCGUCCGCUUAAUAGAGGUGUCUGUUUAAUAAAGGUUUCAUUUAAAGUAAAUAAGGGAAAUAAAUUUGGGGACUUCGGCUACUGUCCGCUUAAUAGAGGGUGUCCGCUUAAUACGGUGUCCGCUUAAUACAGCAGGGGCACCCAACGGCAAUUUUCGGGAAAAUAUCUGUUCGGAAGACGAUUUGAGAUCUAGAAUUUUCGGAGCAUUUGUUGUAAAAUUUCUUGCUUGCCUGCCUCCCCUAGGAUUUUCGAACAUCUACAAAAUGGUUUAAUUACCCAUUUUUAACGGAUUUUGACCCUAAAAAAGGCCACUUAGAAUUUCGGGAGCCUUUUGCUGGCUGAAAUUUUCGAGAAGGUAAGUUUUUAUCCCUAUAAUUUUCGGAUCACUAGACUUUCAGCUAGGAAAUCCGAACAGAUGAAAAGUUUUUAGGGGAUAAAAAUAUGCCUAUAUCUACCCUUUGAAUACUAAAAUACGUUCAAUAAUGCUAUGUUAAGUGGUUUUGAACUAUAUCCUCGUUGGGUGCCCCUGAUACAGGUUUCACUGUAAUAAUUUUCUAAUUUAUACACUAUAUACACAGUCCCUCUGUCCUGUUAUGUAUGUAACUUCUCUCAUUAGUCAAAUGAGUGUUUUCUCUACAUGCAGUACAAAAUCAAAAUCAUUUUUUAAAUGAACAGUGACAAAAUAAUAUGUAAAAUCUUGUUGUAUACCGACACUUCUUACUAGGUUUCUUUAACCCAUUCACUCCCAAAUAUGAUAGAAAUUAAUUAUCCCUGACAACUUCAACUUUUUUCUGGAAAAAAGGGACUAAGAUAAAGCUGCACUGCUUACAAAUUUAAGUAGGUUUUUGUUUGGACGGUCACAACAAUGAUUUUGCAAGCCCAUCAUAUAUUCUAGACAAAGUGUAAAAUAUCAUUAUUUUUCUUCUUUAAUUCAUAUUUUUCAAGUCGACUGAGAAUGACUUGUAUAUAAUAAUCUUUAUGACUCCAGGUUUGAUGUGGCUUAUAUGCACAGAAAUAGACACUUAACAUACUUGAAUACAUGUAUAUACAAGAAAUGGAGAAGUAUUUCAUUCUAGUAUAUGUGCAGGAGGCAAAAUCUGUUCUUGGGUUAAAAAGCCAGUAUUCAACCUAGUUUGCUUCCCACUUUUCUUAGUUUCCUGGCUGUAAAUCAUUCAUAUGAGACAAGGGAAAUUCUGUAAUAAGAGAAUAGGGAUUUUACCUACUGACAGCAUAAUUAUGCUUUAAUCACUACUUCAUAAGAGGCUCUUUGCGUUAUUAUAGACGUAUCUCCAGAGAAAACAGACAAUUAAGGUUUUGCAAAGCCACCAAUCGUUUGGCUUUUGAAAUGAGGUCUAAAGAAAAACUGCAGAAAUUCUACACUGAUGAUGUUUCACUACCUAGACCUUAAUAGUGCUUCUGAUUGGCUGAAGCAAAUUACCCUUGCAGCGCAACCCAUCAGAAGCACUGACCAGAACUGGAAGGUGACACGUCUUCAGUAUGGAAUUUCUGCAGUCAUUCUUCAGAUGUUGUUUUGUGAAUAAGCCAGUGGAAGCAUUGCAAAAUGUUGGUCAUUAGCUCAGGCUGCCUAAUAGAUAGACUUUGUUUUCAUUUAGCAUCAACAACAGCUGAUGAAAACCAUUGACUACUUUAAUUGGAAAUUCUUUCAAAUUGUGCUGAUAGACUAUAGUGUAGCUUCCUAAUUCAAAUCUUACUGAAAGCCCUGGGUGUACCAGCAUUCACCUUACUCAGACGAUUCUUGCAUAAGGGGUAACCACAUCUUUGGGCUAUCAUUCUUUCUUCGACCACAUCUGCAUAAUGGCUGGUAGUGAUAAAGUUGCCCUACAACAAGGAUCCAACUUAAGUCAAUACCUUAGGUUAUUUACUUUGAGGCACUGUCAGUGCUGCAAUUAUAUCUGGAGAAAACUGGCCUGAGAAUUACAGCCUGCAAAAACAGUGAAAACAAGUUUAAUAAGAUUUACAUACAUGUACAUAACACACAUUUAUAAUGAUACAUUGCUCCUGCCAACUUUUUCUGAGUCAAAUGCGUGAGUUUUUAGCCUUGUCAUGACCGGGAUUCCGAAAACGUCCCAGCAACUUCUGAAGAUUUCCGACAAGAUCGCUGAACAUUGCCGAAAAUGUCCAAAGAUGUUCUGAUGAAAUUUGAGCACUUCUGAAGCUAUUUAAAAGACAACAAUUUUAGCAUGUUUUAAUUUCGUAAGGACACAAAGUCAUCAUUCAAUGCCUUUUUUGAACAUUUUCGUGGAAGUGAAUUGAACUUUCAUUAUUACAGGUAAAAAAAGUGCCCAUGAGCCAAAGGCCCAAACAGCCAAAGCUUAUCCUGGUUUACUUAGCAUGAAGCAUGACAAGGGGAAUUGCUACUCCCCCCUGGAUGGGAUGCUAGUCCAUUGUAGGGUUACCCCCCAGUAGUAUGUCGCUGGUACCCCUUUAUACACAUGGGUGAAGAGAGACAAAGUGGAGUAAAGUUCUUUGCCUGAGGAAACAACGCGACGGGCGAGACUUGAACCCUGGAUCUCCAGAUCCGGAGUUUGGGGUGUUAACCACUCAGCCACACCCAUCUCCAAAGAAAAAUUCAUCUGGAUUUGUGAGUGAGGCAUGAGAAAUUGUCCUUGAUGUGUGAGAUCGAUUUGUUCAGGUCUGCAGGCAUAAGACUCAAGCAUAAUGCAUGAGAGUUGGCAGGUACAAAAUAACAAAAUAAGACAAAAAAACAGUUUAUUCUUUCCUUUUUCUUCUAACAAAAUCACCUGUUGCCCAGUUUAUUAAGUCAUAAUGAUAAACAUUUUGCAUUGUGAAUUACUCAGCCAAAUCAGUGUUUCUAAUGAGGAAAGAAAAUAAAGCUAGUGUUGCUUGUUUUUAGAUAUUUUUAACAUGUUGAACACAGAUGCCUGAUAAGUUGGGAGGGGGAGUGGUGAAAGGUCCAACUUUCAGAAUUCUGUUAAUUUAUUGUUAAAUUCAAAAAUUAUUCUGAAAGGGGAAGAGUUAAUUUAAAACAUCACAUUUUGAAACUCACUGACUGUAGAAGAAAUUCCUCUGAGAUUUCAUCCUGAAGAACAAGUUUCUCGACAAUUUUAUGAGCUCUCUCUUCAGCAGCCACUUGUGAACGAAUUGAAGCUUCAAGAUCUUUUAGCCUGAAAAUAUAGACUGAUACAUGUACUAAGAAUUUUCACAAAAAAGUACUGGUAUAACUACUGUCUCGGUGGUUCGGUAGUCCCGACUGGCGAGCCACCGAGCCGCCGAGCCACUAAAAUAUAUACCUUUACUUGCUCAUUCAAUUUUACACUUUUACGUCUUUUAUGUCUGUCUUAUACUUAUGUCUUAUAUCUUUCUCGUUCUUUAAACACUGUACUUGUCAUGACUAGCGAGCCAACGAGACACUUCUGUUUAAGACCUUAAAAUAUUGCCCCGUAUUCUGAACUUGCUCCGAAGCACUAAACAAAAGUGCAUUCUCAAAAACUACCACUAAUAUUAAUUAAUCUCGAUAAAUUCGGGCAAACCAAAACAAGGCUCUCACCUUUUUUUGUUCCGCUUGUACUUUUUCUUUGUAUCCAUCCCAGGUCUUUUUGAUCGGGAAGGCUCUGAAACGGAAUAAAUAAAACAGAAUUUUCGAGCAAGAGAUAAAACCCUUUAAUUUCUUUCAGUAAAAACUAUGGCGCGCCGUUUGUUUCAAAAUUAUUUGUAAACUAGCCUGCAGUGCAGGCGUAUUUUGGGUGGGCGAAGUGUCAGGGGCACCCAACGACAAUUUUCGGAAAAUUAUCUGUUCGGAAGACGAUUUGAGGUCUAGAAUUUUCGGAUCAUUUUCUGUAAAAUUUGUUGCUUGCCUGCCUCUCCUAGAAUUUUCGAACUUCAAAAAAAAUCGUAUAAUUGCCCAUUUUUAACGGAUUUUUACCCUAAAAAGGUCACCUAGAAUUUUCCGGAGCCUUUUUUCUGGCUGAAAUUUUCGAAAAGGUAAAUUUUGAUCCCUAUAAUUUUCGGAUCACUAUACUUUCAGCUAGGAAAUCCGAACAGAUGAAAAAUUUUUAGGGGAUAAAAAUAAGCCUUUAUCUACCGUUUAACAAUGCUAUGUUUAUGUGGUUUUGAACUAUAUUCUCGUUGGGUGCCCCUGGCAUAUACAUUUUUUAAGACGUGUUUAGGUUUAAACAAACGUUCACCGAAUGUUGCAUCGAGAAAUGAACUUGGUAGAUUAUCUCUAAAUUUACAGAUAACAAUGAACAUUUCAAGUUUUGGAUUCGCCAUGAAAAUCAACCUCCUGACAGCAUCGCUAAACUCUGCUUAAACAUAUCGGAUAAAAUGGCCGAAGAAAAUACAUCAGGUCUAAUAAAUAAAAUAAAUCUUUUGAGUACACAACUUAAUAUUGAUAAACAAUCAGUUAACUUUAAAAACCCUUGUACUUUCCUAUCCAAUGCUGAGAAUAAUCUGACAAAACAACUGAAAAACCACCAGCUAAAUUUGAUAAGAACAAAUAAAAAAACUAAAAUUCUACUCCAUCUUUAAAAAUGAAACAAAUCAAUCUGAAUUCAUCAAUCAUAUCCGGAAUCCUGAACAUAAGCGUGUAGCUUCCAAAUUUAGGAUAGGAAAUCACAAUUUAAAAAUAGAAACUGGAAGAUUUACAAUCCCCAAAACUCCUGAAGACCUUACAAUCUGUGAUCAUUGCAACCAAAAUUCAGUUGAAAAUGAACUGCACAUAUUAUUUCACUGUGAUCAAUACAACGAUUUGAGAAAGACUCUUUUUAUUAAAAUCAACGACCGAAAUACAUUAUUUACAAAUUACAAUAUCCAUGAUAAAUUCUGUUUUCUUUUUAACAAUACUGAUUCACAUUUCAGCAGGCUAGCUGCUAAUUUCAUCUUUCAAGCAUUUGAAAGACGAAAGAAACAGUUAAUUCUACCGUUCCAUCAUAUCUUCAUUUCCUUAAAUUUAGUUGUUUAUUAUUGUUAUUUUAAUCAGUCAACAGUACCCACAAAUAAGUACCCCGCCCUGCCUUUUGACUUGGUUCUCAUAAUUGCGUAACUCGGUGAGCGUGGGGCUCACACGUGACGCAGGCCAACACGCAUGUUCCAGACACGCGCGCGUGCGAGAGACGUCCGUUUAUGUCAUAACAUAGUUUUUCCCUUCCAUACUCUAAAACUUAUUUUCUAUUUUGUCUCAACUAGCGAGGACAAGACACUACAAAAUUGGUGACACAAACAACUGAAUUCUUAAGCAAAAUUGCACUUAAACAUGGGUCACAAUGGACUGAUAUGGUAUCCCAGCGGUACUUCCCCCCCCCCCCAACCCAUCACAAAUUCAUAGAUCUCCUCUCCUAGCCCGGGUCCCCGGGCAAGUAGCUUAGUAAAGUAAAAGGAUUGAAUAAUAUAAAUACAUUUUGGUGGUAAUUAGUUUCAUAAGGGGAUUUCUAUUCUGUAUUUCUAUAUUUUUGCUGGCAGUUUCAUUCAUCAGUGAUGGAACUUUUGCCUCUUGCAUGUUUUCAGCCCAGCAGGAGAGAGGGGGGCCCACAUAACAACAGAUUUGUCACUUGAUCCCACAGGUAGCCCAAGCUCUAUGUGUCUAUUGAACUUUGUAACGUGAUAAAUCUGAGCGUCAUGAUAUAAACAUUGCGUAAUUAAUCUGCUUGAAAAUGGAAGGAUUUACUGUAUAGGGGAGAAAUAAACGAUUCUCAUGGUAAAAUUAAAAAAGUUAUUGUCAUUCUUCUUCAAUAAAUUUCACUUGCCCUUUAGUCCUCUGUUUGUCUUUCUGCCUCAGUGUUCUACUGGUUUCGCUUUAGCUUACAUCACAAAGUUCAACAGACUCAUAGACCUUGGGCUACCUGUGUUGAUUAAUUGCAAAGUCAUCUGGCAAUUCUCCAGCCAUGGUAAACUGAAACCCGGUGAAACGUGACUAAUUUUUCUAUAAAGGCUGUACCUUCUGCAGCGCUAGUAAGCUUAGAACAAGACUGUAGCUGAGCUAAGUGAGGAGCGAAGAACUAGCAGAGGACAGAUCAUUUCAAUAUCUGCUUGAAGGUGAGUGUCCUUUGUUUUCCAUCUGUUUUUAAACAAUACCACACACGUAAGCUCUAAAAAGAUUUUUCAUAUCACCCUCGCUUCCUCGCUUUUGCUUACAAGUAAAUGCAAAUGCUGAUUCAGGUAUUUUUAAAGCGUGCAAUGGUUGAAAAUUAACCAUGGAAAGUACCCGUUUUUUAAGAAUAAUGGACGUGAAUAUCAUUCGCCAUGUCAUAUUUUCCUUUAUUUUUCGCGUUUUUUUUGUAAACGUCAACCGGUGCCUCGAAAGCCAUUAAGGCCAAAGACUCAACACCUUGUUAGUUGUUACGAGUUAAAACGCUACGUAUGAAUUAUAUAACAGCUAAGAGAAUGGUUUAUUUGAAGAAAUUGAAAUAGAAAAUCUUAAGAGUGCAAGUGUUUUUUAUUUUGUUUUUAUGGAAUGGGGUUACGGGUUUCAUUGCUUUGUUAUGCAGUUCUAUUUGGCACUUUGGAGUGAAAACUCCUUUGUUCUUCGUAUCUGUUUGCAAACAAAAACUAGCGAAUAACCAUGCAUGAAAGUGUCAUGUCGGCUUUAACACCUAACUAAAAUAUUACGUAACAAAGUGUUGAUGCUUUAUAGCUGUUUCGUAAAGCCAACUUGUAUCGUCAAGUUGUCGCUGAGAAAUUCUCUCAUUUUAUUUUAAGACCUUUUUAAGACAUCGGUCUGCUGAUUGUAUGGUUGAAGUUGCGCUUCAAUGCUUCGUGCUCUUUUUCUUGCUCCCGGGUAAGUUUUCGGGAAUACCGGAACUACCCGGAACACCCCGAAGCGCAAAGUAGCUCAAAGUCCUAAAAACAAAUUUGCAAAAAAUUUUAAAAAUAUAGAGCUCCAGACAUGCAAUCUGUAAUUGAAUUAUGCAUUUUCUUGGGGUGAGAUGGAGAGGGGGGUGAAUCUGAAAAAAAAAAUACAGUCUCCUUUGUCUAUUUCAUCCAUUUAAUCUGGCAUUUACUUGUCAUCUAAAUCGUUGCAUCGAAGCUGUUUUCGAGGAAAUUUAUUUUCACGUGUUUUAUUAUUAUUGUCAUUUUAGAUGAAGCUGUUUCUAGUACUUUCCGUCGUCUUUUUGGUUUCUGCUGAUGCGAGACCUCGAGGUGGUUCAUGGCUUGGAAAAAUCACAUACCACUUCAAGGGUUUACUGUCCGCGACUAAAGAAAUGGCGUGCGAAAGUGAAUGGCUUCCUUUGAAGAAUUUUCUUUCAUGCGAUUCCUCGAGUCCUUAUUCAUUCUGUAACGGUUAUGACUGCCCUGAAUUCGAUGAAAAGAAACUUAACGUCUCUGGCAAAAUAGUUGAAGAUUACACUCUGCGCUGUUAUUACAAACCCUACAAAUGGGUGUCAACAAGUUACAAUGGUAAGUAUGAUUAUAAAGAACUGUUAAUAGUUAUAAUAGAACUUGGGUGUACAACAUUCAGCUGAAAGAUAGAAAUUAAAGAACGCUCAGACAUCUAUACGCUUUCGAAGCUAUCCCUGGCAAACGUUUUUGAAAAACGAAAGGUUUCUUAUCUUGUAGCAGGCUGGAGCUGUCGGUAGUUUAAAGGCUCAGAACUUUGCAGGGGCCUAGUUUGUACUUUGGCUUUAGGUACCUUAAAAAAGGACCUCAACGUAGGAAAACAGAUAGAAACCCAUUUAAAGCGAGAAUGUACAUGAAAAUGAGCUCCUCGAAGGCCACACCCUAUGCACCUCAAUGAAGCGGUGAUAGGGGUGGGGGAUUGGGCCUCUUCAUCCCUUCUCCAGGGAUUCACGAUAGAACUACACUUUGUCUGACAUUUUGUGAAUAUGUUUCUCGAUUCAUACAGAAAGAAGAACCGACAAAUCGGAAGCUUUCAUGCGUCUCUUCAGAUACAUCUCUGGUAGCAACAAGGAGAAGAUGAAGAUCAAAAUGACAGUUCCAGUAACAAUGCAAAUGCAACCCGACGAAGCGUCCGACUCCUUCUGCAAAGAAAACUACACCAUGAGCUUCUUCAUCCCUUUCAAGCAUCAGAUAGACGCUCCUGCAGCAACCGAAGAAAACGUCCGUUUGGAAGAAGUCGAGCCAUUUUGUGCCUACGUGAAAGUCUAUGGCGGCUGGUCCAGCAAAUGGAAGGUAGAACGCAACUACAAAGCUCUUGUGGCAGCCCUUGAAAGAGAUGGAUUUGGCGAUGAUUUCCGCACUGAUGUCAUUUAUUCAGCUGGGUACACCGAUCCAAUGAAAAUGUUCAAUCGUCAUAAUGAGGUCUGGCUUGUUAGUAAAAAUCAAAGCCCUGUUAGAAACAGGCUGUAAAGACUAUUAACCCAAAGAUUUUACUGUCUUAACGUGUUGGCUUUGAUCUUUGUGCACAUUUAUUCUUCGCUUUCAGUUUUGUUUCAUUCCAAAAAAAGACUUGUUAUUUUGGUAUUUUUGAAAAACGAGAAAGUCUCAGCGACUCUUUUAUGCUACAGCUUGUAGCAUUUGAUCUUUUGUACAUUUGUAAUUAUCAGUACCUUAACAGACGCAAUUAAAGUGCAUAUCCUAAUAUCUCUGUUGAAUUCCUUGUAAUUCUGGCUUAGAAAGGGUUUGAAAAUUAUUAUUUGUGGGUAAGUUAAGUCAUUGGCAGUUAAGUAAAGGUAACUUGUUACAAGUCCUCGAGUCAAGAGAAGAGACUAUUCCUUACGGUCGAACUGAAUUAAAUGGUGCGAAUUACUUCCUUCUAUCAAUAUUUAUCACCGUAACGUGGUCAAAUGGGGUGCAUUGGGAAGGCAAAAGAACUACCAUGGGUUAGAUAGAUUGAUAAGGGAAAACCCGGAGUGUGGAAAACAAUGCCGGAGUGAAUCAAUGCGUGCAGAAUUGCGAUUGUUAAGGCAACCGUUCUUUUUUUUCACUCUUUUACUUCUUUCCCAUCACCCUCCACAUUUUCCGCACUCGGCAUCUAAACGUGCAUUCCUCAAACGGCAACGCGAAAAAGUCACUUAAAAAGUAAAGUGGCGCUGUGUCAAACUUCAUUGCUAUAGAGUUCAAUUUUCGGCGUUUCAUUUGUCAAAAAUAGGCGAAUUCUCCCGAGUUCAGAAAAAGGCAAAGAAUCAAAGAUGUCGUUUGCUUACGCUUCCAUUAAAAGCAAAAUUAGGAAAUUUCAGGUUGUACUAGAAUGCAGAAAACGCAUUGCAGAAUGUUUGCUAUCAUGCGACCUUCUCACUAGCGCAGCUGUCGUCGUUAGUUAUUGCAUGAUCUUCCCAGUUGGCACGGACAACGCGAAAGAGGGUUAUAGGCUCAGAACAAGUAUUGGCUGGCCAGCGCUCCGUGGAACAGGCGUUUUUUCUGCUUCUUAACUAGCCUGAACACAGACUUUUUUCUUCCUUUCUUGAUUCAGUCGAGGAAGUCGAAGAAGAGAGCGUGAGAAAUUGACCUGAAAAUUCCGAUGAAAGACCCCGGUGAAAGACACGCAAAUGACCGCGCACGUGACUGAAGGCGCCGGACGGGAAAGGUACUACAAAUGAGAUACAUCUUUUUGGCGUGAAAACUGAAGUGUUGACAGGCCAGGCACGUGAAACGUGACCUUAGAGUUUGCUUGAACAACAGAUAUUUUCUAGCCUGCGUAGCAGGCGUCGAAAGGGGCUUCCCCCCCUCCCCUCUCCCUCCCCUUUUUGCGCCUGCCACGCAGGCUAAGAUUUUCCUACUUUUCUUUUUAACGCGCAGCUUAUGCGUUGCAUAGAGUUAGAGUCGAUUCUAACCUAAUUGACUGAACAAAUCUUAAUUUUGGUCUAUAUGUCUUUUAUUAAUAAUUCAUUUCUUGUGUUUUAUAUUUUGAAUGAGAUCACCCAAGGCCUAGUUCUUGUUCGCAGGAUGUUGAAUCUUCAAGGGAUAGUGUUCUACAUAUCCAAAUUGUAGCAAACAUCUUCGUCCACUAUCCGCCUGCACUUCCUUCCAUUAAUACUAGACGCUUUUCCCUCCGAAACGAAGCCCUGCAAUGCAACAUAAAAUCUCUAAGUCCCAGAUGCUAUUUGAACCUGUUGAGUUUGUGCUAUGUGUGAACUGGCCCUACCAUUCAAAAUAUGAUAUUUUGCACUUAGUAUCUAAAGCAAGACAUUGGAAAAUGGGUCAAGUUCAGGCGAUCGAAGGAAAGCCUUGGGAGGGCGUGCGUGGAGCACGUGACACGUGCGUCGGGGAUAAAUAAGUAAAUAAAUAGAUAAAUAGAUAAACAAAAUCACAAAAGAAAGGAGCUCAUAACCAGAAGCGUGCAGGCCUACGUCACAGUGUUCGAUGGUAUUCGCUCGCUUCGCAAGCCACCCUUGCGCCCUCGGCGCUCACGCAGUCUACUCUACUUCCUUCGUCAAACGCAUGCUAAGUUUAAGAUAUCAACAGGAAAAAUUAAACGUCUCUAAAUAUUAAAACCCCGUCAGCGUGCCUUUCUCACGUGCACGGUCGCCUCGUGCUUGCUUGCCUGAAAAUCUCGAACUGUUUUCUCCCUUGUUCGAUUUCGGACACUGAAAAAAUAGCAGCGGCGAACCUACUCUCACCGAGCACAAGUGUUGAGUGGUGGCCCGUGGGAUGUCCUUCUUAUCAUUACGUAACUCAGAGAAUGUGAGACUUGCACGUGAGGCACGUGACUACACAUCAACGGCACGCGAGUUCGAUAUCCGGUUGGUUUAAUGAUGAGGAGUGAUAUCAAUUGACUUCUCGAAUACAAAUCCUUUUAUAUGUUGACGGCUAUUUUGAUUAUUACGCAACCGCACACACUCUCAUAUUGAGCUUGGGUUGCCUGUGGUCUGGGUUGGGAUUUUUGCCUUUUUCGGCAGCAAAAUCAACAACAACAACAUCAACAUUUAUUGGCAUUGCCAUGAGUAGAUGGCAUUGCCGAAUAAAAUAUUAAAAAGAAAAGGGAAAUAGCAUUGCUUAUUGUAAAUAAUAUUAAUAAAAUAUUGGAGAACAGCACGCUCUGCGUGGGUCUUACUGCGUGUUCCAGGUUCACAGCUGAAUUUCGUCAGCAGUUAUUGAUGAUUUACUGUCUUGCAUGAUUUCGGCCUGGUUCGGCAGAAGAGAGGAAGAGCCACAUAUCAAAGUCCCAGGUUGCCUGUCAAAGUCCAAUGCUAAUAUGUUUAUUGUGCCACUUAAAACUUGAAUGAAAACUGCAAAGUCACCUGGCAAGUCUCCAGCCAUGGUAAAAUGAAACCCCGCAAAAUGUGACCUUUUUCCUAUAAAGCCUGGAUCCUCUCACGAGUUUUCAAGCUUCAGGUCCUUUACACUGCAGCCGUGAACAACGGAGUCAUAGCGGAGUGGAAAAAAUUGCAGAGAGUUAAGGUACGUAAGCUUUAUUGAGAUCACCUCUUUCAAAAACAAUUCACCUUUUGAUGAGCUCGAGUUCGGCUGAUUUGCAAAAAGAAUCCUUUAUGAAAUCCCCUGAUUAUAAAGAACUUGCUUGUGCCUUCAGAAUUUGGGUGUAAAGUAGUUGUGCAAUACAUGUUGCUGGCCGAUAUAUACGUGGUAUAUAACUGUAUCUUCGCCGCGGACAGGUUGUGGAGAUCCGGACUCUACUUGCAUAAGCGCCCAUUAUUACUCUGCUGAAUUAGUAGGCGGUGAAACUAACAAAAUGAGAUGCGUUCAUUAGCUUCCGUUUUGCAUGAUAUGUCGUCUCUUUUCAAUUCAGUCUUUUAUGAUUAUAUGUUACCGACGUUCAGUUUCUUUAUUAACCUUUGUAUUGAAACAAAGUGCUUUCCGUGUCAGUGUCAUUAAAAGCCACUGAUUAGUUUGUUGUGAUAAGAGAGAUUUCAAGGACUUUAAACAGCUAAACACAAAAAGGGUAUUUGGCUCUACAGAAGAGAAAAAAGCCUCAAAGCCUCUUAUUUAUCUAUAGUCAACAAAAUUAGAGAGUUCGUUUCUGUCAAGUCUAUGAGUACCGUGUUCAUCGUGAUUUUAAUACUUCGAUGCCCUCUAGUAAUUAAUUACUACGUAUGUUGGAACUCUUUUUAUUUUAUUUUUACCGGGAUUUUUACUCUGGUUUCCAGAGGGUUUUUUUCUUACCUAUUUCUUGAUAGUUUGCCAAUAACUCCAGUAACUUGUUGAACUGUUGGUAGACGUCGAUUUGUAUCUGACAAGUACGUUCAGAUUUUCGUUUAGCCGCCUGCUACCUGAAGCGCUGUUUUCAACAUUUCUUUCAAGAAAGUUGUUCUCAUAUCUUUUAUUAUUAAUGUCAUUUCAGAUGAAGCUGAUCCUUGUUCUUUCUGUCGUCUUCUUGGUUUCUGCCGAUGCGCGACCUCGAGGUAGUUGGCUUGGAAAAAUAACACGCUCUUUCCAGGGCUUAAUGUCUGCGGGUAAAGAAAUGGCUUGCAAAUACCAACUUCCCUUCAGCACUAAACUCCUUUCAUGUGAUUCUUCCGAGCCUCGAUUCUGCGGUGAUUACGAUUGCCCUAAUUUCUAUGAAAAGAAGCUAAACGUCUCUAGCAAGGAUUACACUUUGCGCUGUUAUCCAAAACCUUACAAAUGGGUGUCUACAACGUUCAGUGGUAAUUAUGAUAUAUUAUUUUAACAGUAAAUACAUACUGCAUACUCUAGGUUUGCAUAAAAUAACACAGAAACAGUAGAGUAAGUGCUAAUUAAGAAAGAAGCCGAUUUGUGACCUGACGAUGUUUUCUUGGCCUGUCCGAGUAUCUUUUGCUGCUGCAUAGUCAACGUUCUGGAUUCAAAUAUCUUUGUAACCACACAGGGACUGAAAGUGGAUUAACUCUGGUACUUCAAUUUUCUAAACAAGUUUUUAUAUUUUGGGGUAAAAGUGCCAAAUUUCUGCCAGCACGUUCUUAAACACUAGGUUAUUCUACGCGGGUUUUUACUGGACACUAUCUAAUGGGCUUUGGAAGAACAUCAUCAAAGCCUGUUACUUUCGAAUUCGAUUUACAUUGAUUAAAUAAACAAGGGAAAGGUUGAUACAUUGGUAUCUCUGGGGAUUGGUGGAGGAUGUAACAACUUUAAAAUAAAUAUUCAGAGUAUCGAUUUGCAUUCUUGAUUAAGGAAAUAAAAAACAAAGACGGUUGAGUUAAAGACGAAAAAAAGCCUUUAAAAAAAUCACAGGCUUUAAUCCAAGAUUCGACCCCAGCUGGCUGACCUCUUCGAUACCAGUGCAGCGCUCUAUCAAAUUUAGCUGAAAAGCCGAUAGGCCGUUUUCGACAUACUAAAAUACAUUCAUCAGCUGGUAAGGUCCUAUUCUUUUCUCUGUUUUUCAAGGCUACUGAAUUUUAUUAUAUAAAGUGGCCCCUAACCAUAUUAACCGAGAAAGAUGACGAUGAAAUGAUGGAUAUAUAUGAAUUUCAUAUAUUGAAACUGCGGAAUGAUGAAUAAAUGCAAAGAAGAUCAUCCCAGUUGAAGACUAGAUUAUUCAGAUUUUCAAAAUUAAGCCUCAAAAACAAAAAAAUUUAAACAGUAAGACGGAUGAUCAGGAAAUAAGGGUACAGCAAACAAAUCAAGGUAUAAAAUAGAAAUAGUCAUCACGAUCCAAAAUUGCUAGUGCGCUUAUUUUACCGGCAUGCACCCUCCCCCGUCCCCCUCUGCAAAGGUAAUUAAGGAUAUUAAAAGUUGCUUAAAGCUACACGAAAAAGAACUUGAAGAAAUCGUGGAUUUGUUAUAGGUAGCCCUGAAAUCAAAUCCUCGGCCACGUUUGUUAAAGAAUAAACAAGUUCUCCUCUUAGUUGGGAUUCUUAACCAGGUUACUUUUUAUGUUCCUGAAUUAUUUGUUUCAUCAUCACUAAAAAGUUCCUUUAGGGUAGAGGAAAAUUAAGUUAGUUUUAAUCAUAUCAUACUCGAUUACUAUACCCUGUCCAUUCCCUGUCCAUCGGUUAGGAUGCCACUCCCCUGAAGGAAUUCAUGAAUGAUACGUGUGUUAAUUGAUCUUUGUCUUGUCAUUCAGGAACAAGAAGGAGAACCAAGCAAACAGAGGCUUUCUGGCGUCUCUUCAGAUACAUCCAAGGAGAAAAUGAGAAAAAGAUGAAAAUUAAUAUGACAGUUCCAGUAACGAUGCGAAUGGAACUCGACGACACUUCCGACUCCUUUUGUAAAGAAAACGCCACCAUGAGCUUCUUCAUCCCGUUCAAGCAUCAAAUAGACGCACCCGCACCAACUGAAGAAAACGUCCAUUUGGAAGAAGUGGAGCCAUUUUGUGCCUACGUGAAAGUCUAUGGCGGCUGGUCCAGCAAAUGGAAGGUAGAACGCAACUACAAAGCUCUUGUGGCAGCCCUUAAAAGAGAUGGAUUUGGGGAUGAUUUCCGCACUGAUGUUAUUUAUUCUGCUGGGUACGACGAUCCAAUGAAAAUGUUCAAUCGUCAUAAUGAGGUCUGGCUCGUUAGUAAAAAUCAAAGCCCUAAAGGAAAUGAUUUGUAAAUUUCAACCAUCGAAAGUUUUUUUUUUGCUUCCAAUAUGUCGGGUUAGUUUCGGGUUUUUAUGGAGACAGUGUUACUUAAUAUUCACCAAUUUGUAGAUUUUAUCCUUGGUACAUCAUCAUUCUUGUUACACGGGACGGGUUAAUAAAAGUACAUUUACCAAUAACGCUUGAACUGGACUUGUUAUUGAGCACUUACGUUUAUGCAAACACUAACUUAAAUUUGACCUCGAGACACGAAAACAGCAAAAAAAUAAAGCAAAAGAAAUAAUGAAGAGAGCGCAUUUUUUUUCGUAGACCUUAUGUGAUGCUAAGCAAAUAACUCAUCACUUUACCCAUUACUUUUCCGGCACAUUAGCAACCAAAAAAGGAAGAAAAAGCCCUUUUUAAGCAAAUUGUGUCCGUUAUGUCGCAACUGUGUGACAACCCUUUAGUGUAAAGAAUCAACAAGACAUUUCAGAGACUCUUGGCUGGGAGUGACUUCUUACAGGAGCCCAUCAUGGGCUUCUGCUUCUCACUAUCCCAUAGCGCUAAUGAAACCUUGCUCGCGUGCGCUUUCACACUCUUUCACACUCUCCCCUCAUGAGUGUCUCAAUGGGGUGGUGGCUUUGACGGUUGACGGUUAUUUUUUUUUCCUAUUUUGACGGUUUACGGUAUAGCUAUUGAUGAUUAUCAGUAAUAUCAACUUUUAUAUAAAUUAAUAUUAAAUGAUACUGAUUUUGGAGGAUGUCUUGGCCUUUAACACGUAAAAUUUCGAAAUAUCUUCAUAUAUAAGCAAGUUUUAGGGUCUUGAAAUGUUUCAAAAGAUUCUUCAGAACCCAGAAGUUCGUGACGUUUACGGUCAUAAUUGACCUUUUUUGACGGUUGACGGUUAAUUUUUUUAACCCUAUUGAGACCCUCCCAGGUGCGUAGCUGUAAUGAACUUAGUCUUGAAGCUCUCUGAUUGGCUGAGUGGAGUAAUGUGCAUUCAGUUCAUUAUAAUUCUGUAACGCCAAAUUCGCUGGUCUCUCAAUGCGCAUUACAAGCCGCACGAAAGCUUCUGCAAUAAAUGUAUGUUUUUCAUUUCUGGUUUGUAGAUAGGUAAACAAAGGAAUAAAGGCAAAUGCCGUGUUUUGGGGGGGCACCAAUUUUCAUCAAAAAUCUGUGUUAUGCUCUUUCACCAGGUAAUCACUUUAACCUUUUUUUUCUCUUUUGUCACUCGUGCUCUUGAAAAACUAAGAGGCAAAACUCACGUGCUUUUAUUCUCUUCGCCUGAUAGAUCCUCUGUUUACCUAGAGGGGCCAUCUCUAAUCCUGUUUAUAUAAUUAUGGUUACAGUUUCUUUACCCGGCCAUGCAUCUGGUCAGUGAACAAACGUGUGCGACGAACCGUGGUCAAGGUGAAACCGUGGCAAAACCAUGCACGUGGCUACUUAAGACAAAUAAAGACAUAUUAUGUACCGUUAAAAUAUUAUUACACUUCAUGGCCCAUCAAGUUUGUAAGAGCUCACCAGGUGUAUUUUUUUGUUCCCUGGUCUCGCUAUCGCCUCCCAGCUCAGUGUAAUUUCAUGUUAAUUAGCGCCUUUAUUUUAUUAUUCUAUUUUUUUUGCAUUAACAACUGCGUUUUACACCGUCGUUAUGCAGUUACAGAGUUGUUUAGUGGCAUUUUGGUCCACGGCUAAGCGCAGUUCUCUUCUUCAGUGCUUUUCAGAAUUUUUUCGACGAUGACGCUGUCUGCUCCGUCUCAGUUGCAGUUUUAGUUCUUUUCUGAUUUUUUAUAUUUGCUUUUGCUGGGUACCGUUUUAGUUUCAAACCACGCUUGUAUAUCACGCCACACUAGGCAAAGCACUGUACGCUUCGAGUCCCUCUUCCCGGUUGUCAAAUAAAUUUUGAUUCCUCCAUUUGUUUUGGCACCUCAUUGUCGUUACUGACUAAGAGGGUUAAAAAUUGUUCCAUCUUAUUGCAGUUUAACUUUUCUCAGUUAAUGAAUAGAACUUCAAGGGUCCUAUACAUUACUUUUUAACGGGAAUUGCGUUAUUAGAAUGUAUUACAGGGAGCCCUCUCAAUUUGCCGAGGUGGAUCAAGAGGCUCCUGGGUGGAUAGAAUAUUGUUCAGUAACACUCAUAAUAAAUCAGGAUUCAUAGUAGGUUUAACAGCAUAGCGAGGAAUUGAAAAAAUAUGCAUUGCUAAAGUCCCGUAUUUUGAGCAAUUAUGAGUUCGCUAUUGACUUCACUGUUUGUAACUUGAUAAACGAGUGCGGCCUGCUGCGGUUACAAGAGCAGAAUUGAUGGGCACUAAGUGGGCAUUGAAGUUGUUUCAAUGAAUAAGCAAUUUGUUCCAGACAAUAAUGUAGGUGUGCCUUAGUGCAAAGUACCGGGAUAAUCUAAUUUCUCUUUUCUGUCCUUUUCUGUCCGGGAGAGGAGGUAGUGUGAGUCAUGAUCAUUGUCACUCGCUGUGAAGAGUAAGGUUUUCAAGCAGUAUAGUCUGGGGUGGGGUCAUGAGCCGAUUGCGUGGUGUGGGUAUAGAAAUCAGAGGAUUUUGCCUUAGAAUUGGGUAUCAUUAAAGCGAUGCAGAGUUGAAAAGGGGAAAGUAACUAUCUAAUUUAGUCGGGAUUUGACAGGCUAGAAUUGAAUUUUAAAACUUACCUCAGAAUAAGGUAGAAAAAAGCCUGGUGUAGGCUAAGGCCUGUUCCAAGGCAUCUUUGAUAACUGCAGCACCCAAGCAAGUUUCCCAGCGAAGCCCCCCCCCUCCAAUGCUGAAAUAACAACGACGAAGUAAACGCUCAUCUUGCCUGCGCCCAGACGUCUCCUAAAGGAAAUAGGAGACGUCUGCACGCAGGCAAACGCUCAUCAGGAGCGCUAAUAUCAUAUUCCAACCCUGGGAUGCCUGUCCUUCUGAGUUUACAUUACGUAACUCACUGUGUAAACGUGAGGGGAAGCGUGCUCCAUUGAACAGCAUGUGAGAUCGGAGAAGGCCACAGCUUAGGCAUGUGACUUGGCGCGUGUUUGGUACUCUUUACGUGUGAAGUUUCUACGUCACAAAUAGCCCCUCAAAAAUAUUCAUCCUUUGACGCAGCUUUAUUUCCAAAAAAAAAAAAAAGAAUGAAAAAUGUAGACUGCGAGUGUCAGGCAGUUCCUUAUUUUUCCUGCUAAAAAUUUGGCUGCAUCUAGUACAUCUACUGGAUGUUGUUUUAUAUGAGUUGGGACAUUAAAAGACGAAAUAUUAAUUUAAAAAGUUACACAGGGGUACGUAUCUCUUAUCAGCAAGAGGUAGGUAGGGUAACUAACCAGCUUGGACAGCUUGUAUUAACACUUUGAGUUUGAAACACUGUUUAUAUUUAUAGGACGAGGCAAUCAUUAGAAGAUAUUUGAUCCGAAGUUUAUCAUUUGUUAGCAGUGCAACUUGAUCAGGAAAUGUGGAUCAGGAGAUGUUGAUGUUAGAAUAUUGAAGAACCUUUCUGGGGAACUAGCUGGUUCUCACAACAAACAGACGAUUACUUUGUUCCUUUUUAUUCUUUAGUCCGAUGUCACGAAGUUUGCUCAACUCCUAUUUUAGAAUUCUCUCUCUAUUCUCUCUGUUCCCGUUUUUUAUAUCAACCGAACAACCAGCUGCUUAAAAUAAACUAAUGCUGACGUAAGUCUAAUCUGAUUGGUUACAGCGGACUAAUUUGCGUUACACCUUUGCGAUGUGUACUUUGUCAAAGUGAUUUUAACUUUUGACUUUUCUCUAUGAAGUUGUGGUUGUCCAGUCAGUAUAAAAUAAGGAGAGCAAUAUAAAAAACUAUAAAGAACUUAUUUUGACGUGAAUUUUUGACAACAACAAGAUAAAGGAUUAAAAUUACUUUCAGAAGUUUCUUAGUUGUCGUUGAAAAUUCAAGAGGUGUUAAGCUUCUUGCCGAAAAAUGAUUGGUUAAAAGUUUCCAUAAAUUAACUGAUGACGUGUUCGCAAAAUCGAGCAUCCUAAUUAGAAAUACUGUACUAUACGUGGUCAAAAAAUAGAAAUUAUAACAAUAGAUGUUUACUCAGCAAGCACCUAGAAAAAUCGGAGAUAUCUCGCUCUUUUUAAUUUGAAUAUAUUAUAUUUUACGUAGAAACUAUCGACUGACAUGAAUUCGGUUGAGAGUGCGAGAAAAUCUCUCUAAAAAUGGUUAAAAAUAAAGACGCUAGUCUUUUCCUGGAAAAGACUGAUAAAAGGUGAAGUUGAGGACAAAAAUGUCAAAUUGUGUAAUUCUUAGUGUAAAUAAGGCUUUGUUCCUUUUUGGGGAACUUAAAUUAAACAUAUUUGUAUUACUGUAGAGGCGUACUAGAAUGGGACACUUGCCUCACACUGAAUUCAUGUCAGGAGAAACUUUCUAUCGAUCAUCAUUUUAACUUAUAAGCCAAAACUAUGAGUAGCGAAAUAACUUACCAGGAUUAAUUAACAAGAACACUUACAACAACUCAUCUACAAACAUAUAUCGUAGCAAAUGCCACAAGUGGCUAACGUAACUCUUCAGUCAACUUUCUCCUUCAAGACAAGACAAAGGAGAAUGAAUCAACAGAAAUCAUUUUCUCAUUUCGGGAGAGGAUGUCGUUUCAUCAGUGCUGAUGCGUAGGAGUUGAACACCAAGUAAAAUAAAUCAGAUUGUUUUUUUAUGAUAUUUCCCUUCACCUAUAGAUAUUACCCGAGACGAAUGAAUUUUGCAAAAAGUCACUGUUCCCAGCGCUACAGUUCACCGGGAUUGCAGGAUGAAUUGCAGACUUCAAUUUUGGGCUAUGUAGGGCCGGGCAUCAAACGAGUUACUCAGAGAACCGUUUUUUCUUAAGUAAUGAAUAAAUGAGCGAAUUUUGAGUGUUUCCAUGGAAAUAGUCCAUGGAAUGACGGCUUUCUGAAGGUUGAGGAGUUUAAUUUGGCUAUGCUAAUGUCAGUUAUUCUAUUUCCUUUCAAGUUGGUCAAAGACCCUCUGAAUAUGGACACUUUUUAUGGCCACGUCAGUGUCCGUAUUAAAGGGGUUUGAUUGUAACUGAGGAUAGGGAUUUCACACAGGUCUAAAGUAGACACUAUCAGACGAGAUAUCAAGAACACCAAGCUACAAGAAUCGCCUGCGUAUCAGACAUUCAAAAGGCAGGUGAGGAAUUGGGUACGCAAGAACAAAAGAGACUUGCUGUUUUUCAAGGAAAAGUUCUCAGGCGUUACUCGCAACUCGAAACCACUUGUUCAUUUUAUCAUCACUGUGUCAUCAUCAUCAUCAUCAUCAUCAUUAUCAUCAGGGCCGCCUCAGCCUGGCUGAAUGCCUUGCGAUACCAACAGUCGGCCUUAUCUUUCAUGCAUGUCGAGAGCUCCAUGGUGCUUGGGGCCCCAGAGGGCGGGGUACUCCAGAUUUCAAUUGACGGGGAUGAUCGAAGGAUUUUUUGGCGCUUGAAACCUUUGAUUCUAGAAUUUUUCUGGUUAAUAUUUGGCUUGAUUUAGGCCUCGAUAACUUCAGAUGGUACUAUGAAGAAACAAACACGAACUGAUUCAAUUUCCAAUGUUUUUAUUUUUCUUUUUACUAUCGUUUAAUGCCUUCUGGAUAUUUUAACAUGUAAGGCUCGAAAAUUCUGCCUGGGAUUGCUUUGCGGUUAAUCCAGGGUUUUAUUGGGGGUGUUUUGUUGGAAGCCCUCAUUCGAUCAUCCCCGUCAUUUGAAUCCAGAGUACCCCCCCCACCCCGAGCUUGCGGCUUUCUUGUCCCUCAUUAUAGUGACUAAGUGGAAUCAUUUUCCACCGAAAAUGAAAUAGUCAGAGAAUAGUCCCGUGAAUGGCGCUAAGUGGCACUUUAUUCCUCAGUAAAAUGUUCUUAGACUGAAUAUUGGUACCCAAUACAGGAAAGUAUAAAGGCUCACACAAUGCAUAAAAAUUAGCUUUGCAAUACAUCACAACUGAUUCCGAAGAAACCUCAUUCCCAGCGUUCCUCAUUGCGGAAUCAGCGUCGUUCUUUUUCACCAGUUUGCGCUUGUCUACUGUAAGUCCGGGGAGAGGGGUGGGAUCGGUAGUAGGAAUGCGAACAUGCACGUGCGCGCAGGAUGUGAUUCAGUUCUUCACACGAGUUCAAAUCACGUUUUUUGGCAAAUACGAUCACAAAUAUUGGCCAAUAAUAUUUACAUGUACCAGAUCACGAGACACUGCCAACAGGUAUAUAAUGAACCAGACCGAAAUAUUUCUCACAACAGUCAAGAGGAGCUGCUUAGUGGGACGCAACCAAUUAGAAAUUCAUUGGAGGAAAACAUCAAGUGGUAAAGGUAUGUGCGAACUGUGUAUAUUUUAUUCAUCAGCUCCAGUAUUUGUUGACUUCGCUCGUAGGUUUUUCAAUAUUCAUUUAAAACUCGAGAAUUAAUAGUACUGAAGACAAGAUUUUUCCCCAUAGGCAGGAAAAUUUAAUUUCGCCUGUAAAAUUAUAGCAAUUCUUGUCUGAGUAGCAUGACGAAUGAAUUAAUUGCACCUUUUUUGCGUGACGCAUCAGUUGGGCCAGUGCCCGUUGGCCGAAUUCCUUAUUGUCGCCACAUUCUAAAUACUGACAAAACUUGACUCGUCUAACUCACUGCACAAUUAUCUCGUGACUGUUUAGUCAGAUUUAGAAAACGGACACUAACAUAUGACAUAACCAUAGACAGGGUACAAGGUAUCCUUAGUGCAUAUAUCAGGAAUACGCACGAAGCAUCAACAAAUAAUCUAAACGUCUCUAAGUUACAAAUGGCCGUUAGUCCUUUGACAUUGCAUGCUAAUACGAAAGUGAUGAGUGGCUCAUAGCCAUUUUAUACAUGCAAAACAUAAAAAUAUCUAAAAAAUACGUAGUCGGUUUGCAGUGUAAAACAUGUUAUGUACAGCGGUCUGUAAAUUGACGUCAAUUGACUGGUUCAAAAGAAGACGCGAGCGGUAGAAAAAAGCGUUGUCAGAAUUCAAACAUACAUUUAGUGCCGUCAGAAUGUACCUAAAAUAUCGAGGUCAGAGAUGGAGGUGUCCGAAAAGCAGCGUUCCGCCGAACUCAAUCAUCACCAAGUUUAUACGUUUGUUACGUAAUCGCACUCUUGGCGCCCUGGAUCAAAUACUACGUUUGAGAAAUGUACUUUUAGGCUCCCACAGUGGUCUUGGCACUUUUGCAGCUUUGCAGAGUGUAUAUGUUUUGGUUAAAUUUUGUCGUUGGUUUAAAUUUUCUUUUCUCCUGUUUCAAACUACCAUACCCCCAAAACAAAGGAAAAUAAAAUUUGAACCAAGGAUAAAAUUGAUCCACAACAUAUACCUAUGGUUUAAGACGUCAAAAACAACAUUUGGAUAGUUGAUUAGGCAAGGAGGCACUUUUGAUCCUGUCUUAUCAUUUGUUUCUGGACUCUUCCUGGUGGCAGCUUUUUUAUGACCUGUGGGCCUUUCUGUUAGAUUUCAUAGACAAAAGGUUAUUUUAGCUUGCAAGCUAGCCAAUCAUUUUGGAAUCACAAGGAUAAAGGAAUUGUCCCUUCAGUUUAAGGGCAUUCGGCUUGCGAAUUUUUCUGACUGAAGUGGCCAUCUUGAGCCAUAAAAGAUUUAACGAAUUAUUGUGCUUCAGCUUGCCCCCAGAAAAUGCCUGCACGUGCUCCUUAGCGACGAGAGGCAGGAGGGCUUUAGUAACGGUUUCCCUGAUUCGCGUUUUCUACAGCUGCCAUAAGGUUUUGGCUUGUAGCAAGAGAGGAUAAUCCUCUCUUGCUUGUAGGCAAGGGAGAUAAAUUUGGAAAAAAACAGACAACUGUAAUUAUAGAUAAUCACAUCUUUAUAAACCAAUCAUCGUAGUUAUAGAUAGGUAUAGUAAAUAAUGAUUACCAAUAUAAUUACUAUAUAAACUUUAGAUUUUUUAUGAUAUAGUGCGAUAUGCAAUCAUUUAUUUUUGAGAUUUAAUUUUGGGAUUUGUCGAGAUCUUAGGAAAAACCACAAGUACUUCCUUGCCAAAAAUCAGCCCUGAAAUAUAACUUUGACCCAAGUCCAAUAGCACACGUUCGAUAUAUUAAAAUUCAAACAUGACUCCGAGGCUUUAGGGACAAAAUUGCAAUUCCCAGAAGAGACUUGAGCGAAAAGAAAACCAAACCAAAUAAAGAAAAAUGACCAGAAAGCCUCGGACCCCCGUUAGAAUUUUUGUCUAUCGAAUGUGGUCUAUUCAGGGGAAGGAUUUGUAUGGGAAUCAUCAGGCUAGAACGUUUCAGUACAAACAUAAAGAACAUCACGCCAUCAAACUCUGAGAAAAUGCUGGUUUUUCAGGUUUUUUGGUUAGUAUCCCGGAAAAUGCGAUAAAGUAAGGGGAAUGCUUUAGAAGUUGCAUCGUGAGUUUACGUUUGUCUUAAAAUGGCUCUAUGAGAGUGGCUAAAUUAAACGUGGUCCACUUUUUCAUGGGUGUUCUUAUUUUUUUUAGAUGCGUCUCUUGUUCGCUGCCCUUGCUGUACUUGUGUUAUCCUGUGUUGAGGCAAAACCCUUCGGAGAUGAUCCUGAGCCAGAUUUCUGCCACGGGCUUGAAUGCCCGCAUUUUAAAACGGUCAACAAAACAGACAAGUAUGAAACUCGCUGCUAUCAAACCGCUUAUAAGUGGACGUCAACAGUUGUAGCAGGUAAUUUUGCGUUCCUACUGUGUUAUAGUCUGUUGCCCUUAAAACGUUGCCAUGAACAUGUUGAACGGUCUGUAUUAGUACAAAGGAAUCAAAACAUCCUUUUGAAAACGUUUAAUGGGCAAAUCUUUGUUACGACAAAAGUUCUCUAAUUCGAAAGGUUUUGUACUUGGCCUCAUUUUGAAUCGGUGUUGGAAGCAACCUCGUUCCCAGGGUUACGUUCCUACCCACUCGUCCCUGUGCAGGAACGAGAAGGAGGGAACCCUUGGAACGAGGUAGUGUUGAGAGGGUUUUGAGACUGGCUCGACAAUGGCCCAUCCUUCUCCUUCUCAGACCACUUUUUCCAAAUGAACAUGCUUAUAACUAUUGAAAUCAUCAGAUGCUAGAGUUUUACCAGCUUGGAGUAUACUUUUCAUUACUUGGCUCUUAGCUUUACUAAUAUCGAUAAGUAGAAAACCCAGGACUGGACCCUGUUUCCCGAGACACUGUUUCUCUUUUGAAGAGCAGAUUUUAACUUGCGCUAAUGCAGUAAAUUUCAGUACCUUUUAUUUAUUUUCAGGUUAUGAGUAUGACGAAGCAGUUAGAAUGGGUUUCAUGCGCCUCUUCAAAUACAUCGAGGGUGAAAAUGAGAAGAAGGAGAAAAUCCCAAUGACAGCACCAGUAGCUGUGAUCAUUCAACCAGGCCAGGGACCAUUCUGUAAAGAUAACUUCACUGUCAACUUCUUUGUACCAUUUGAGGAUCAAACUGACCCUGCUGCGCCCACCAACAAAGAUGUUUUCAUCUCGACACAGCCAAAGUUUUGCGCCUAUGUCAUUUCAUAUGGUGGCUACUCGAACAUAAAUGAUAUCCAGAAGUAUUCUGAAGAAUUGGACGAAGCCCUCGUUAAGGACGGCCUCGGAGACACUUACAGGAAGGAUAUCUUUUUUUACGCUGGCUAUGAUAGCCCAUUCAGAGUUUUCGAUCGCCAUAAUGAGCUCUGGUUCAUCGAGAAAGAAUCUGAAUAUGUCAAAUUCUAG